CAAGCGCUCAUUUGUCACACAAAUAGUCAACAAACGGUUCAUUCAAACCAUCGGUCAGUUUGUGAUCACUUCACAUGCCAUCCAAACCAUGAUUUGAUCCCUCGUUGCAACACCUCUUGUGUCCAUCCGUUCACCACAAACGAUGUCCGCACGAAGACAGCACUUGCCAUCGAUUAUCGACUCAAUACGGACCAGUGGCGAUGGUCUGCGAGCCGGCGAUCGAUCGCUUAUCUGUUCGGCCCUCAGACGGGAGUACGUGUUGAUGGAUCUGUUGCCCAACCAGUCCUUCAUGAGCCACAUAUUCAUCGGUUUCACACAAAACGGUCAACACUUCCUCAGCUAUUCCAAGAGCGAAGAGUCCAAUCAGAUUCGUCUCCACAUCUUCCGGUUCAACGGCGACCGCCCGCUGGAGCUGACGGCCAGUCACGUGAUACACACUGGCAACUCGUUUCACUCGACCGACUCGUUCGCCGACUCUUCGCGACUCUUUGAGGCCGUCUAUUGCUAUCAGUGGUCGGCGGACGACAACUAUAUCCUGACAGUCGUGGCGCCACAGUAUCCCAACUCGAAGCUCAUGGACGUGACGCUCAUCCGCGUGGACCGGUUCGGGUCGUAUGUCGUGACGCCCGGCCCCCAGACCUUCAACUGCAACGGCUUCGGACGCAUUCCCGACUUCUGUGAUGACGGCGACGAGUCGGUCGCCGACGACGAACUCUUGUGUCAGCCGAAGAUCAUCUUAAGUCAGCCGAAGGUGUGUUCGUUCAUCACUGACAGCGAAAUCGUGUUCUUUGAGAUCAAGGAGGCGGCGAACCAGAGGACGGGCCUUCUGGACGUGCGACUCGAGUGCCAACUGCUGGACGUCGAGUCACACAUAUUCGGCGACGUCUUCAACAAACACUUGACUAAUCUUUUCAAUUAUGUCUCGGAGUACGAGCUCUUAGUGUACGACAUAAAGUCGGAU